AUGGGAAGCGGAACAACUUCAUCUAUCUUUCUUGGAUGUAGUGUUGCUAUCAUAUCGUCAGCGAUUCAGUCACUAGGGAUCACUCUUCAAAGAAAGUCCCAUCUAUUGCAUUCUCAUUCUACGAGUCACUAUCAUAUACAGAAAUAUAAAAGGAAUAUGUGGCUUUUUGGCUUUAUUUUAUUUAUCAUAGCAAAUGUAUUAGGCUCCUUGAUCCAAAUAACGACAUUACCUUUGAUAAUAUUAUCACCGUUGCAAAGUAUCGGGCUAAUUUUUAAUUCAAUAUUGAGUUGUAUGCUCUUACCGGGAGAAUCUUUUACAAGGAAACUAGGAUGGGGAACAGUAUUUAUAUCAGGUGGAGCGUUUAUGAUCGCUUAUAAUGGAAGUACAGCUCCAGAGAGUCCACCUGGUAAGGAGCAUGUUGACAAAAGAUUCGCUUUGAUUAUAAAAAAGUUGAUGAAGAAGUCUUUUUUAAGUUGGUUUAUUGGAACAUUUUUUAUUAUUGCUGUUCUCUUGUUUAUCAAUUACAUGGUAUCCAGAAGAAUGCGAGAAAUAAAGUUCAAACUUCAAAAACGAAGAAAUAGGUUAUUAAAAAAAGCUGUGAACAAGCUUCACUUUGUGAAAGGCAUAAAUUAUGGUCUUAUUAGUGGUACAUUGACUGCUCACACUUUUUUAUUUGCCAAAUCGUUGAUUGAUGUUAUAAUCGAAUCAAUAAUGAGUCAAAAUCAUGAUUUUAAACAAGUGUUUGCUUCAUCCAAUUUCACUCCAUACUUUCUUUUGAUUGUAAUGUUACUAAUAAUUGGUUGCCAGUUGACAGCAUUCAAUUUAGGGUUGUCGCAAAUAUCAACUUCAAUACUAUAUCCAUUAUGCUUUUUGGUUUAUAAUUUGGUUAAUUUGUUUAAUGACUUGCUUUUCAAUUCUUUGCUCGCUGAUCAUAAGAUGUCGUUUUCUCAGCUAUUUUUGGUUUUAUUAGGUUUAUCGGGGGUUUUGUUUGGUGUUGUUUUGAUCAGCUGGGAUAGCGCAUUUGGUCACAACAUCAAAUUAGAUCCAUUUCUCUCUCCUGAGGAAGCCAUAAUCUAUUCAAAGUUUCCUUACAGCGAUAUAAACAUGAAUAAGGAAACUCGCGUCCUACUAAACCAAAAUAUUUCUACCUCAAGUUUUGAUAACCAUGACGCUCAAUAUUCAAGCAUCGACUCGAGUGCCACGAUAAGAAUGAAUUCUAUUUCAGAAGAUCAAAACUACAAGGGCGACGUUUCUUAUGAACAAUUACAAUUACUUCAUCUGUUAGACAUAUAA